UAUUUUGUAAUGGAAAAAAGAAAAAAAAAGGUCACAACAGAGGCGAUGCAAACCCGGUGUGAAGAUAAAUUGUUUUGCAAAAUAUCGUCUGGCUUACAAUGCGUUGCUUAUGCAUGGUUUUUAUUGAGAUAAAUUAGGCUUUGGAAACGUUUAAGUAAACUUGCCUAUCGGGAAAUUUGUAAGUUCUAUUUAUUUUUUGUGUUUUAAGUAUUACAAUUAUUGGAAUACUCCGAUGAAAUCAAGAAAUCAACUCGGGAAUAAACGAAUCCUCGAUUCCAUCACUACAAACACACACGCACACGCAGAGUCGCAAAUGUAUGUAUUUAUAUAUGCUUGAAGAUAAUCAAACCAAAAUUUCAUCAUUUCGAACCACUUCACCAAUGAUUAUUUCAACUAAAUUUGGCGUAAUGUCAUCGAAGCUGGAUUGCAGUAAACUUGCAAAUGAUAAAUGUCCUGGCUACUAUAAAGAUUUUGAAGUCAGUCAUGAGGGAUUCUGCAGUAACUUUGAAGGAUUUGUAAAGUGCAUGAUGAGAUUUACCUAUGUGUGUUUAGAGCAUUUUAAAGACAUCCAUUAUUGGAAGUGCGUGAGUGAACCACCGCCGGUGAUGGCAUUGGGCAACACAGUUAGGGUUAGCAGCCAGUCAGUGUUUGGAGCUGCUAUUGUAACUCUCUUACUUACAUAUACAUAAGUAUUUGUUAUGGCACUAGAAGUACGUAUGUCUAUUAAUUUGAAAAAAUUAUUCAAUGAGAUAAGCCAUAAAAACAGGAUUCAAAUAUUACAAGAGAUCGACUUGUCUACAUAUGUGUACAAUUUCGUACGUGACGUUAAGGAUAUCUAAUAAUGUCCUACACUGUACUCUUUAAUUAUAGAUUAAAUUAUCUUUUUAAUAUUUCAA